UGAAAUGUAUUGAUAUCUCUCUCUCUCCUCAGUGCCUGGUCCUGGCCCCGACCAGAGAGUUGGCCCAGCAGGUGCAGCAGGUGGCUCAUGAUUAUGGAAAGACCUCCCGCAUCAAGAGUACCUGUGUCUAUGGAGGAGCACCCAAGGGACCGCAGAUACGUGACCUGGAGAGAGGUACAGAGAUCUGCAUCGCCACCCCGGGGCGUCUCAUAGACUUCCUGGAGGCAGGGAAGACCAACCUGCGGCGCUGCACCUACCUGGUGCUGGACGAGGCUGACCGCAUGCUGGACAUGGGCUUCGAACCACAGAUACGCAAGAUCGUGGACCAGAUCCGGCCGGACCGCCAGACUCUGAUGUGGAGUGCCACCUGGCCCAAGGACGUGCGUCAGCUGGCAGAGGACUUCCUGCGGGAUUAUGUCCAGAUCAACGUAGGAGCUCUGGAGCUCAGCGCCAACCACAACAUCCUGCAGAUAGUGGACGUCUGCAUGGAGAACGAGAAGGACAACAAGCUGCUCCAGCUGAUGGAAGAGAUCAUGGCUGAGAAGGAGAACAAGACCAUCAUCUUUGUGGAGACAAAGAAGCGCUGUGACGAGCUCACCCGCAGGAUGAGAAGAGAUGGGUGGCCAGCCAUGUGUAUCCAUGGGGACAAGAGCCAGCCAGAGAGAGACUGGGUUCUGACAGAAUUCCGUAGCAGCAAAGCUCCUAUCCUCAUCGCCACUGACGUGGCGUCUCGCGGUCUGGACGUGGAGGAUAUCAAGUUUGUCAUCAACUAUGACUACCCCAACUCGUCUGAGGACUACGUGCACAGGAUCGGCCGUACAGCCCGCAGCACCAACAAGGGCACGGCCUACACCUUCUUCACCCCGGGUAACCUGCGCCAGGCCAGGGACCUGGUCCGAGUCCUGGAGGAGGCCCGGCAGGCCAUCAAUCCCAAACUGCUGCAGCUGGUUAACUCUGGACAUGGGGGAGGAGGUGGUGGCAGGAUGCGUUACCGUGGCGGCGGUUCCAGCGCCAACAACCCCAACAUGAUGUUCCAGGAAGUGUGUGAGCGUCGCUUGUGCUCCGUCGGCGGGGGCAACAAGCCAGACAGCCACGGCAGCAGUUUUAGCCGGGACGGGCGCAGUGGCGGGGGUCGGGACGGAGACACUAGGUCCUCAUCCUCUUCCUCCAACAGGGACCGAAGCAGGGUCAGCCGGGGGAGUUACGGUUCCGGGGGGGCUGACCAAUACCAGAGCUAUGGUGGUGGUGGUGGUACCCAGUACAGCUCCAGGGCUGGGGAGCUGCUAAUGGGGCCCCUAGGGGUAGUAGUGGUGAGGGCCAGAAUCAGUCCAGUCAGCCCCAGGGUGUGUUCGGUCCAGCUCCUCCACCUCCAUUAGGGCCCAAGCCCCUCAUGGCCCAGUUGAUGGCCCCGCCACAGCCCCCUCUCAUGAGCUUCAUAGGGCAGCCUCCGUACCCCUUUUCUCCUCACCCGCCGCCCUCCUACACCCCCACCCAGGAAGUAGAAUUACUAUACAGUCAUGGUGCUUGGAAUCCAAAUCACCAUGUUCUU